UUAAAUAUGAAAAUCUACUUGGCAAUCACUUUCAUAAUGAUGCUCCUGAUGACCUCAUUGGCUCAGAUAGCCCAGAAUGAAGACAAAAUGGCAGCAUUGAAUGAAGAAGCUGAAGCCCUUGCUGCAAGUUCUUCUUGUGGAUUUGUUGAAUUGACGAUAUGUGGCUAUGUCAUGUCUAGUGGGGAUUACCAUUUCUGCCAAAUCCAAUCAGUAUGCACCUGCUGUGGCACUCUCCCCGGCCAAACCUGUUACGGCCACUGCGACUUCUAAUCCUACCUAAACCCUUGACUACUAUUCCUUCACAAAAUUAACCUCUUC